AUGGCGGGGGGAAAGCAGCACCGAGGACCUUUCCAGGGGGUCCGUGUGAAGAACUCGGUGAAGGAGCUCUUGCUGCACUUCAGGAGCAGCAAACAGAUGUCCUCGGGCUCCGCCGCAGAGGAAGGCAAGGCACAAGGAGGAUUGGUGAACUACGAGCAAUACACAGCAGAGCUGAAGAGCAUACUAGGUCACAGUGGCAAAAGAAAGGCUCCCGAGCUUCUUUCUGAUGGACCUUCUUUCAAACGCCAAGCUAAUGUUCACCCGCACCUCCUGACACCACCCCAGACACCAACUUCUAUGGAUAACAUGGAAGAGACACAUAAAAACGACCUGAAGCAUGACAGCAAUUCUGAUCUGCUUCAGAACAUUAUAAACAUCAAGAACGAAUCAAGCCCCAUUUCUCUGAACACGGUGCAGGUUAGCUGGCUGCACACUGUCUCCAGUCACAGCUCGCCCGGUGAGCAGUACCAGGACAGCCCGGGAGCACAGGCUUUCUCCCCAUCCCAGAAGUACCAGGUGUUCCAGGAUCAUGCCUCCCAGCAUAUGCUUGAUCUGCCGCAGCAUUACCAGUUCCCCCCGUCCCAGAACCAAGAUUUGUCACAGAGCUAUCCUUCGGAUGCCUCCCUGGAGUACAGGCCGUUUGCUGCCAAUGGCCAGUCUCCUGGCUACCAGCAGAAUACCUUUGAGAGCCACGAACUGCAGUACUGCCCGUCACAGAGCUUCUCGUCCCUCUUGAACGACUCUGAAGGCUCAGAGGGCAUCUCUGCUCCCCUCCAGACGCUGGCCAGCACCCACCCACAGCCUGAUGUUGGCCCCCACGCUCCAAACUUCAGCUUGCUUUCCAAUAACGUCUGUGGUAGUCUGGAGCGCAGUGUCUCUUUGGCUACUUUGAAUGUCUCUCUACCUGACCAAAACAUCGCCAGAAGCACGACGCAGCUGGGGAAGUCAUUUUUUCAAUGGCAAGUGGAGCAGGAGGAAAACAAACUGGCUAACAUCUCUCAGGAUCAGUUCCUUGCAAAAGACUCAGAUGGAGACACCUUCCUUCACAUUGCUGUUGCCCAGGGUCGAAGAGCACUUUCCUAUGUUCUUGCAAGGAAGAUGGCUGCUCUGCACAUGCUGGAUAUUAAAGAGCACAAUGGCCAGAGCGCUUUCCAGGUUGCUGUGGCUGCCAAUCAGCAUCUCAUUGUGCAGGACCUGGUUAGCUUGGGGGCUCAAGUCAACACCACAGACUGCUGGGGUAGAACGCCGUUGCAUGUUUGCGCUGAGAAGGGGCAUGCCCAGGUCCUUCAGGCAAUCCAAAAGGGUGCCAUGGGAAGCAAUCAGUAUGUGGACCUUGAGGCAACCAACUAUGAUGGUUUGACAGCCUUGCACUGUGCUGUUGUGGCUCAUAAUGCUGUGCUGCAUGAGCUUCAAAACAGUCAGCCACCUCACUCCCCUGAGGUCCAGGAGCUUCUGCUGAGAAACAAGAGCCUAGUAGAAACCAUCAAGGCUCUGAUACAAAUGGGAGCAUCUGUUGAAGCGAAAGAUCGUAAAAGUGGUCGCUCAGCUUUACAUUUGGCAGCAGAAGAAGCAAACCUGGAGCUCAUUCGUCUCUUUUUGGAGCUGCCCAACUGUCUCUCUUUUGUUAACGCAAAGGCUUACAAUGGCAACACAGCCCUCCAUGUGGCUGCCAGCCUGCAGUAUCGGGUGAGUCAGUUGGAUGCUGUGCGCCUGCUGAUGCGGAAGGGAGCAGAUCCAAGUGCCAGAAACUUGGAGAAUGAGCAGCCAGUUCAUCUGGUUCCUGAUGGCCUUAUAGGAGAACAGAUAAGACGUAUCCUAAAAGGGAAGGCGAUUCAGCAGAGAGUGUCGCCGUUUUAAGCUCCAUGUUUCUUGGAGUUCAGCAACUCACACUCACUGUCAGUCAGGCAGUCCUAAUGUAUCUGUAAAUAGACCAUUUGCCCACCAUGAUGUGGGCAAAUGUUAGUUGUUUCUAUGAAACAAAAGUAUUUUGUUCACUAUCAUAUAGUGGGUUAUAUAAGAAUUACAAACAAUAAUCCCAACAACCAAAACCCAACAAGCAAAUUCCUCUGAGCAAGCGGGAAUGUUUCAUUCCUAAGUAUGAGGAAUGUUUGCUGGGAUAUCUGGAUUUCAUAGCUACGGCAAG